AUGCUGAAGUGCUACUGGGUUCCGGAUCCGCCGGGUGAAGGUGCAGCACAGAUGCAGAUCUGCGACGCUCGCAUUUGGUAUGCCUACGAGUAUCUGGGAAAUGGCCCUCGACUAGUGGUCACGCCGCUCACCGACCGCAUCUAUGUCACGGCCACGCAGGCCCUGCACCUCAACAUGGGCUGCGCACCUGCGGGACCAGCAGGAACAGGCAAGACAGAGAGCACAAAGGAUCUUGCCAAUGCUUUGGCACGCGCCUGCUAUGUCAUCAAUGCAGCCCCUGAGAUGGACUACUUGACCUUGGGCAACAUCUUUAAGGGUCUGGCUGCCAGUGGCUCGUGCUGGUCCCAGCUAUCGGAUUGCUUUUGUGGCCAUCUGAGUGUAGUCGCCAAAUAUAGGGAAGAUUACCCCAAUAAUGGAGAAGCAAAUGAAACAGAACAUGACAUGGGCAAUUAA